GGACACAUAGGUGGUGGAAGACUUUCAUAGCUCUCACCUGUUAGUUAGCUAACCUUACUGCCUGCAUCACCAAGGGUAUGGUGGGGAAGAGAUUUGGCAGGGCAGGAGGAAGGUAGAAAGGUGAGAAUGAGUGAAAUGGCCCAGGCAGGGACCAUUAGUAGCAUGGCUGAAACAGCAGAAUCACAGACUCAUAGACUCACAGAAUGUCUCAGGUUGGAAGAGACCUUAAAGAUCAUCUAACUCCAACCCCCUGCCAUAGGCAGGGAUGCCACCCACUAGAUCAAGUUGGCCAAAGGCCCCAUCCAGCCUGGCCUUGAACACCUCCCGGGAUGGGGCAUCCUCUUGGCAACCUGUUCCAGUGCCGCACUACUCCUACAGUGAAGAAUUUCCUCCUCUUGUCUAGCCUAAAUUUAUCCUCUUUUGGUUUAAGACCAUUCCCCCUUGUCCUACCGUUAUUUACCUGAGUAAACAGUCCUUUUCCAUCUUUUUUACAAGACCUCUUUAAGUACUGGAAGGCCACAAGUAGGUAUCCCCAGAGCCUUCUCUUCUCUAUGCUGAACAUCCCCAGGCUGAACAUUCUCCAGGCUGAAUAUCCUGAGCUCUCUCAGCUUUUCUUUACAGGAGAGGUCUCCAGCCCUCUAAUCAUCUUUUUAGCCCUUCUCUGGACUCACUCUAACAUGUCCACAUGUUUCUUGUGCUGGGGGCCACAAACCUACCUUUUUACAGCUGAUCUACCUUUUUACAGUUGCCCUUUCCUGGGUCUUGACCAUUACCAUUGUCAUUGUUGGCACACUCUAAGUUUUUUGAGCCCCAGAGCAUCGUAUCUGCUGUGUAGGGGCACUUCAGGGGCAAGAGGGGGAUUCCUCACUAUGUUUCAAGCAGAGAUGAGGGUCCAGCCACCCUUGUAUUGUGAGUCCAUCAAUUCUGUUGGUUUCAGGUUGGAAGCCAUUUUACCAUCCUUUUCCAAGGAUUUAAGGCAAGUCAGAUGGCCAGCCCGUGCCAGCAUGGUACCACGUGUCGAUCUCUCGCUUGGAUUCCUGGAUGCAUUGCAGACUCUUGCAACCUGGCAACUUGCUCAGAGAGUGCGUCUAUUUGGUCACACGUGCGCCCAUGACACCCAACUCUGCCUUCAGGCCCUAGAGGGACCUCCAGAUAUUGGAGCUCCCUGCAACAGAUGGUCUGGGUGGCUCUUUCAGUCCUUGGGAGAUCAGUCUGGGUAGAGGCAUCUACUGGGGGGGUCAUAGCCCCUCUGCCUGGGUUUCAGUCUCAGCCUUGGAGGUGUGGUGGGUGGACAUCAUUUUUACCUCACUGGAAAGCUGCUUCGUGGUGCUCCCAGAAUAGAGGGUAGCGAGAUCAGUCCACCUCCUGCUCUCCCUGCUCAGCAGAGAUGGGGCUUCUAUUUUUGCCCAAGCCUUGUCAGCUGCCCUCAUGAGGGCUGCCAGGUCCCGGUGGCUCCCUCAGCUGCCUCAAGUGGCCUCGAUGCAGGAAACCCCAGCACACUGAGAUCCCCUCCACUGCAGAACGCAUCUGCCCCGGAGCUGAUUGCAUUGGCAAUACCCCUUGGAAGUCUCUUGCAGCCUGUGGCCUUAACCCUCCUCCUUCUUCCCCACAUCAUUCCUCAGGUGUAGAAUCACUCCCAGUUGUGCCAAUCUGUUUCCCGGCCCCCCGGGCCCUAUCACACACCCAUGCCCUGCACCUGGGAUGCCAACAGAGUACUCUCAACAGCCACCCAUAAGGCAGAGCUCUGGCCUUGCCUUAACUUGCCGUGAAAAAUCACCGGUGCUCAGAUACACAACAACACAAGAGCUUUGCCCUCUGUCUCUGAUCACAUCCCCGUCAUGUCUUCUCUGAGACUACAUUUUGUGGGGUACAUAGUGUUGCAUACAUACUUUUAUCUGCAAGUGGUUCCUGUCUCACAAUCUGAUUUCACAUCAUAAGGGCUGCCGUCCUCACUAAUCAUAUUCUCUUUCAUGCGUUUUCCAUCUUCUGAAUACCUCUUCUUAGGAGUUAUUGCCUAUGUUUUUUCUAUGAUUUUUUUAUUUUUAUUUUUUGCCUAUGGUCAUUCACAGAAUGAUGUCCUCCAAGGAUAUCUUUUGAUUUCACAUAGUGAAUGUACAGGGAUGAACCCAGCCCAGAGUCUCUCUGAGGGGAGCCAGUCUUGGGCUGCAGGAGAUGGGGACCACAUGUAGACCUAAAACAAGGGUAGAGCUAAUUCCACCCAUGAGAAGGUGGUGGUGAAAAGGCUUCCAACAGGUGUAACACCUUCACAAUGCAGGCAAACCCUGGGUGCUCAGGCCUGACCCUAGCUGGAUCCCAUGGUCCAUGGGCAGGAGGUUAAUGGGUGGGGUCAGGACAGAAAAGGGGCUGCUGUUGGAUGCUAUUGCCUUCAGGGCCCUGGAAGAGGGAAUCAGAGAGUCUCAAAGUGUACAGGUUAUUGUGCUGUGGUGUUCAGUCAUGCUUCAUGAAUUGAAGUUCCAGCCUCUUCAUUUUCCAUUCCCACAGCUAGGCCAAUCAGAUCAUCAUUGUCCUUCAGUGACAGCACUUUUUUUUUUUUUUGUGUGUGUGUGUGUGUGUUUGUUUUUUGUUUUCUUCACCACCACUGUGAAAAACAUUUCCCAGUACUGAUUUCUUCUAUGGCUUUGUAGCAUUGCAUUUGUCACAAGUGUUAUGUUCCGUGCUUUGACACAUUAAAGCAAAGCCUUUGUCUGGGGGGAAAUGUUUCUGAACAUUAAACAUAUUAAUGUUUCUGAACAUUCAACAUAAAGUUGGGAGAAGUCUUUGAGCACCAAUUUACGUGUGUUUAGAAGCACUGAGCAAAGACUGCAUGCUGUUGCACUUCCACACAUCAGACGUUACCCACUGUUGAGGAUCCCUGCCUGGCCUCUCUCACUCUCAUCGUUCUGCCAUUCUCCUGCCCAGGGGGUGACUUACAUGAUGACUUCUGACACAGAGCCUUCCACACAGAGACAAAGGGUGCUGCUGGGAAGUAACAGUACAACACAUUAAUCUGCAAAUCUGUUCCCAGAGCUUCCUGGUAUGAGAUGAUCCUUCCUUCAAACCCCUCUCACUUUGUACUUGAACAGUCCAGACAGCAUGGUCAUUCACUGACACCAUGCUUCUCUCCCUUCCUUUACCUCCAAGCAGAAGACUUGUUUGCACUUGGCUCUGCAGGGACUUUCUUCUACAGUUGUGUGGUUAGUUGUGGCACCUGCCAGGUUUGCCACAUUAUGGCAAAGGCUCUGUCAGGGUGCAAAAUGUCUCAGGAGACAGCAGAAGAAAGUCUUCCACACACAGUGAAACCCAGCAGCCCCCAAAAUGGCAAAACAAAGCUGGUGGAUGGGGAGAAGAAAAGGAAGGGGGUGACAUGGCCAACUCCCACUGACAAGAUCAUCGUGGGACAUGUGAUGGGAAGCUGUCACCGAUGAGAUGAGAUUGUGAGAGGAGUCUCCUGACCACGGGACCCAUUCUCAGGGCACAGGUCUGCUCCGUGGCACAAGGGAGGAGGCUGAAGCAGAGCAGGGUGGCCCUGGCAUCUGUUGCCAGCCCCUUUCUCCCGGCAAGCCUGACCCUGUGGAGGCCCCGUGUGUUGGUGCUCCUGUGACGGUGUUGUUCCCAGGAGCUCCAGGAGGAGGUGCUGGGAGAGGGACAAGGUGGCCACCCAGAGCAGGAGCUUCACCGUCGCAGAGACCAGCACAACAGACUUCUCUCUGAACUACACAACUUCUAGACGUCUGAACUCUUCUGGAAAUAACAUGGACAUGUGCUUAACGCUAUCUUAUAAAACUCUGGUCUUUUUAGGUGUCUGUAUGGGGAUUUCUUUGUGUGGAGUUGUGACAAAUGGGAUAGUCAUUUGGUUCCUGUUUUCCCACACAAGGAACCCCUUCACUGUCUACAUCCUAAAUCUGGCUGUUGCUGACUUCUCUCUGCUCCUCCUCCUUUUUCUGCUCAUGUCGGCAUUUUUGAGCUUAACAAUUUGUUCUCUCUUUAAUCAUAUUAUGUUUUCCUAUAGAGUUCUUGAAAUUAUACUUGGAUUUCUGUGCCACUUCUUUGACCUCAGCAGCUUGGGUUUACUUACAGCAAUUAGUGUGGACCGGUGUGUCUCUGUUUUCUUCCCAAUCUGGUAUCGUUGCUAUCGCCCCAGGCACUUGUCUGGCAUUGUGAGUGGGUUGCUCUGGGCUUUUGCUGGAGCUUUUGUUUCCUCAAUGUAUCUUAGCUUUCACUUUCGUGUGACAUAUGAGGAAGUAUUUGGAGGUAUAGGCAUUGCAAUUAUUGUGACUUUAUCAUCAGUGAUGUUGAUUUCCAACCUGUCCCUGUUCAUCAAACUCCGAUGUGGCUUUCAGAGACGACACCCAGGGAAACUCUAUGUUGCUGUCCUGCUCAAUGUCAUCUUCUUCUUUGUCCUUGCUAUUCCUUUCAGCAUAGAGGUAUUCCUCAAUCUUAAACACACACAGAAUCUAUUUCCUAACCUGGUAUUUUUAUUGCUGGCAUUGCUGAACAGCAACACCAAUCCCAUUGUUUAUUUCCUGGUGGGCAGCUGCCAGCGAGGGCGGAUCCAGGGCUCUUUGAAAGCUGCCUUCCGUCGAGUGUUCGAAGAGAAGGCAGUGAGCGCGGAGGGGAGCCGCACACCCAGGAACAUGGCAUUGGAGGCCGCUGUGUGAGGCCCCGCUGGGGAGGAGGCCUGGAGGCACGGAGCCUGGCAGGCAGCUCGGAGCCUGCUUGCUGCAGGGAGGGACCAUGGCUGGAGCUGGGCAGGGGGCGCGUUUGACACGGAGCUGGCACGGCACUGCUAGGCCAGGCUCAGUCCCCACACGCGGGCUGUCUUCCCCACUGCAAUGCCCCUUGUUGUGCUGGUCCUAUGAAUAAACUCUGGCUCGCUCUGGUCA